CCGCUCAAUAGGUUUUUGACCGGGGAACCAAGAAACUUUGGUCGGCGGCGAGAGAGGUGAGACAAAACAUGAGCAGCAGGAAAGGUCCCCCAAGGCACCAAAAUCAAUUUGCCUGGAAGCCCAAGGCUGGUGUUAAAAUCAACGAAACCGAAUUAGGAGGGAAGUUCCGGCCAUAUUCAGAGGUAACCGGAGUAUGCCAGAGAUGUAAAGAACAGAUUGAAUGGAAGCGCAAGUACGGCAAAUACAAACCCCUCAUUGAGCCCGCUAAAUGUCAGAAAUGUUCCAAGCGGGCUGUUCGACAAGCUUACCAUAAUCUCUGUACUGCUUGUGCUAAGGAGAAUAAAGUAUGCGCAAAGUGCUCAUGUCGGGUUGGGCAUAUAGUUGGGAGAGACCUUUCAGAAAAGGAGACUGAGCAGAAGACACUAGAGGAGGCGAUCAAGAAUGCUAGGGAGAGAGAGAGGAGAACUCUCCUACGGACGAUGAAUAAAGGGAAACCCCAUAGUUCAGUAAAAAUGCCAACUAACAAUGAUAGCAAAGCUGGUGAACUCUUCAAUGCUUCAUCACUUGAGGAAUGUUCGGAGUUUAGCCGGGAUGAGGAUCAUGAUAAUGAUGAUGAUGAGGAUGGGGGUUUAAUCUUCAGUUGAGGUUUACCAUGGAUUUUGAGGGCAACUUAAAGUUACGCAGCACCUUUUGAUAUUGAGUAAUGACUUGUGAUUACUUCUACCCAAAAUUAAAAAAAAAAGACUUCUGGAUUAUUUCCUUGGCAUUGGCAGCUUUGGUGAUUUAGAUGAGCCUUCGCAUUUUCCAUGUCUUGUGCUUAUAUGAUUGAAUAUUUUCCUCUUUUCUUAAGUGAGAGUUUGUCUAUUCCGUCGUGUGAUGUUGGAAAACUGUUUAAAGACGUGAAAUUAUAGUGUUGUUUGCAUUCCAAUCUGAUCUUGCAUAUA